AUGUCAAAGGAAAUUGAUAUAAAUACAAAAGCUGAGAGCAUCGAAAAUGUCUCAAGUUUUGAUCAUGCUUUAGAGCUGGAACAGCAUCAAGAGAAGAAACCAAGCUUUUGGGUCAAGUUUGCAGAUAGAUUGGGUAGAAGGCAAACCUUUAUUUACACUACAGGAUUUAUUAUCAUUGGUGUAAUUAUCUGUGCAUGUGCUAGAGGUUCAAGCGAAAAUCAAAUAUUCUGGAUGCUUAUUAUAGGUAGAGGUAUUUCUGGUUUUGGAAUUGGUGGUGAAUAUCCUGUUGCUGCGUCCUCUGGUAUUGAGACUGUCAAUGAAACAUUAAGCGCAAAGAAAAGAAUAGUUCCUUUUAUCUUAUCAACAAAUUUAUUCAUUGCUUUUGGUGUCCCAUUUGCUACUAUCAUAUUUUUAAUUGUUCACGAAAUUUGGGGCUCAAAUCAUCUUAACGGUAUUUGGAGAACUUGUUUUGCUAUCGGUGCAUUUAUUCCAAUUUCAGUUUUUUAUUUCAGAUGGAAAUUGAUCCAUUCUAAAGCAUAUCAGACCAAUGCAAUCAAAAAAAAUGUGCCAUAUUUAUUAGUUGCGAAGAAGUAUUGGAAACCUUUCAUAUGUACUUCAGGUAUGUGGUUUAUUAUGGAUAUGAUUUUAUAUCCAAAUAAUAUUCUCAGUACAUCUAUUUUACAAGUUGCAAUCCCGGGUGCGUCCUUGAAAAAAACUGGAGAAUGGCAAUUAUUUCUUUCAUCUUUUGCAGUUUUUGGUACAUUUUUAAGUUGUCUAGCAUUACAAUUCUUCACAAGAAGACAAGUUAUCAUUAUCGGCUUCAUAGGAUAUGCUAUAAUUAGUUUUGUUGUUGGUGGUGCAUUCAAAAAGUUUACUGAAAUUCCAGCAUUACUCAUUAUUUUUUACGCCAUAUUAAACAUGUUGAUCAAUUUUGGCCCAGCAAGUUUACAAUCAGCAGUCAGUACUGAAUCAUUUCCUUCUGCAAUUAGGGGAACAUUAUAUGGUAUCUCUGCUGCAAUUGGAAAAGCCGGAGCUGCAAUUGGUACUGAAAUAUUCACACCUUUACAGGUUUCAAAGGGUAAAAGUUCAACAUUUUAUUUAAGUGGGGCAUUGAGUAUUCUAGGUGCAAUAGUUGUUUACCUAGGUGUUCCUGAUCAUGGUGAUAGAAAGUUGGACUUUUUAGAUGAAGACUUUAAUGAAUAUUUAAAAGAAAACGGAUGGGAUGGUGAAAUAGGAGAGAAGAGACAUCAAAAUAAGGUUAAUUCUAGUUAA